CGCCAGGCUCGCGUGAGGUGUCGUCGAGAUGACGAUACCCACUCAGGGAUCAGGCUGCACGUCGCAUGUCGCAUGCCAGAUCCGAAGCUUAUUAUUCUCCGCCGGCCUUCGUCUCAUUCGCUGCCGUCGGAAUUACUAGGACAGCAUGAGCCGGCAGGUGUUACGCAUCUCACGAUCUUGAAUGCUUGACUCUCGUGCUUGGUAUCGGGAUGUGUGACGGAUGGUCUUGGCAGUGUGCAGGUACACGUUCCAGGAACUGGUGGGAUUAUGGAACAGGAGCAUUCAUUCUGACUGCUAGUCCAACACUCGGCGGUCAGGUGUCGAAAUCAUACGCCCCCAAAAGGUCGACCGUGUUGGCAGAGGUGCAUUCUGAGUGAAACGUAACAUCAGGACCGGAAACGAAGGUGAUACAGUUCAAAG